AUAAUCAAAUCAUCAAAAAUGAAUGCUGAAAACCGCUAUCCCGUGAACGCUUCCCUUUUUAUGUUGGGAGAGAUCAAACGCCGUCAAGAGCACGUGACCAGGGGGUACCAACUCCUGAAGCGGAAGGCAGAAGCCCUAAGAAUCCGAGGGCGGCAAGCUGCCUCCGAAAUGGUCAAAACGCAGGUCCUAAUAGGCCAUGCACUGAAGGAAGCUUUUAUGACUCUAGCCGCUGUGAAGUUUACCAAUGGAGACUCGAAUGCUAUGGUGCUGGAGAAUGUAGGGCAGGCUAAUCUUCGCGUCAAGCGCGUCCCAGAAAACAUAUCCGGGGUGUCAACAGUCUCUCUCUACCCGGUCGAGGAUUUGACUCUCAGUGACGCGUCGAGGUACUCCGGCCUGGCUUCGGGAGGUCACCGCACCGCCGAGGCCAAGAAAGCUUUUAGACAAGUCCUGAAGAUCCUUGUCAAGUUUGCAUCUUUGAGGAAUACUUGCAUUCUGCUUGAUGAGUCCCUUAGAUCUACGCUUAGAAAGCUUAAUGGCAUAGAGAAGGUUAUUAUGCCGAAGUUACGCAACACUGAGAGUUAUAUCAGAGUGGAAAUGGAUGAAAGGGAGAGAGAAGAGUUCCAUCGUCUGAAGAUGGUGAAAGCGAAGAAAAAUCGCUCGCAAUACCUGAAUAAACUCCGGCGCCAAAUGGAACGGGACACAGGCGAAUCUGGGGAUUCCACAGGUCUCAUCACCUCAAUUAAUAUUGUUCCAGCAUCAUCAUCGCGAAAGACGUCUCUUUGCCCGGCCACCAUCAUGCUGGCCCGUCUCGAAGCCCAGUCCACCAGCGCGGAUUCAGCCGGCGAUUACCAACCGUUCUGCUACCCCCACAACUGGGACGACGACGAUUUGCUGUUUUAA